UCAUGUAAUUGACAGGAACAACAGAAAAUGAUGCACUCGAGAAAGGUCUUAAACAACCAUUGCUCAUUAGUUCUGAUGACAAGAAAGAAGAUGAAGAUGGUGACCAAGAUAUAGAUGAAAGUGAAGAAGCACCGGAGGAGACCCGUCGACCAGCCACUUCGAUUCAAUCAGCAUAUCGACUACUCACACCCUCUGUGAAGGUUCAAUUGUUGAUAUAUUUCAUGCUCAAGUAUGCAAUGGAGAUUUUACUUUCAGAAUCUAGUGUUAUUACCACAUACUACUUUAGCUGGAAUACAAGCAAAGUCGCAAUUUUUCUUUUCUGUCUUGGGCUAACCGUUCUUCCGGUAAAUAUUCUUGUUGGGAGCUACAUCAGCAACAUGUUUGAAGACAGGCAAAUUUUAUUAGCAUCUGAAAUAGUGGUUUGCAUAGGCAUAGUUAUGAGCUUCCAUAUGUUUAAUCCAUACUCUGUGGUACAAUAUGUCAGCUCAGGGCUCAUCAUGUUUGUUUCAGCCGAAGUACUGGAAGGUGUCAACUUGUCACUUCUCUCUAGGGUCAUGUCAUCGAGGCUUUCCCGCGGAACUUACAAUGGUGGAUUACUUUCAACAGAAGCUGGGACACUCGCUCGAGUAGUUGCAGAUGCCACCAUAACUCUGGCUGGAUACUUGGGGGAGAGUAAGCUCCUGAAUGUCACCUUAUUUCCUUCCCUCUUCAUUUGCGUUAUUUCCAUUAUUGCCACCUGCUUUACAUACAACACUCUCUAUUGAUUCAUCUUUAUUGGCAUCAGAAAAAUGCCCGAUCUCUUCCCAAUUCAAAAACCUCCUCAAUUUUUCCGUUGAAGUGUUAUUAUUUUUUAGCCGUGUGUAUAGAAAACUAGGUCAUUGUUUAUGGUCUCCAAUUCCUAUAAAACCCCAUUGUGCCCUACUGUACUCGCUUCCCCCAUUUUUAUACUUGCAAUCACUUGAAAUGCUUACGGGAUGUUCUCCCGGCUUGUGCAAGCUAGUUUAAGGGAAUUUUAUUUAUUUAUUUUGGGUCUGAAAGGGCAAAUGCUUAAUUAGGAAAGAAAAGGGUUACCAAUGAAAAAUGAUUGAAGAA